AUGGAUUUUUCAAAAUCUACAAUUAAAUGUCAAUUACAUUAUAAUGAUGAUUUUAGAGAAGGAGAACCAUUUCUUGAAAGACACAAUAAAGUAAUUGAAAGCACCAAUUAUAAGAAAAAAAGUGAAAGAUGGGCGGAGAGAAAUAUUUUACUUAUUAUUGUUAUUAUUCAAAUUUGUAUCGUACUACUUUGGAUUCUUCAUGAAGCUAUAAGAUUUGAUCAUUCAUGUUCAUCUCAAUUAUCUUCUUCAAUGUCAAAUCCCUAUCCUAUUUCAAUGGAAUCAGGAAGUUUAAAUAGAGCAUCACGUAGUAUAAUUGAUGAAACAACUAAAGAACCAGAAAUUAUAACAUUACCAAAUGGUACACUUGUAAAAGUUAUUUCAAGAAAAAGAAAAAUAGUUGUUUAUAAAAAAGCUGAUGAAGCUAAUUUGAAUAACCUUCCAGGCGAUAAAAAUUCUAGAGGUAUAUUAGUUGGAAGAAAAAAAAUUCGUGUACGUAUAACAACACCAUUACCAAAUAUUUCAAAUAAUAAUAAUAAUAAUAAUUCAACAAAUAUUGGUGAAAAUAAACGUCGUCCUAUUCAAAGAAGAUACCACCUACUGACAGGAGCUAAUAGUAAAAAUUUGAAAGACCAUUAUACUUCAACAAAAAAAGAAAGUACUUUAAAUGGAAAAGUUAAUGUAUGGCUUCAUGGUAUUGUUAAUCCAAAUGAUCCAAAAUUUACUAAUAAAGGUGAAAUAAGAGCUGUUAAAGUAAAAGUAGCUAAAAAAAAACCAAAAAUAGAUUUGGAAGAUGUUGCACCUGAUAAAGAGCAUCCUAAUGAUUAUAUUAAUAAUCAUAAUGUUGAAAUUAAAAAUGAUAAUGAUAAUACACAUAAUAUUCAAAGUCAGUUACAAGAUACCGGAAGAAAGGUAUUGAAUGACGUAAUUGUUAAUAAUGUGGACGAGGGAAGUAAUGUUAAAGGAAAUGAAAAUAAUUAUGAUAAAAAUCCAUUGGGAUUAUUAUUUGGUUCUUAUUCUGAGAAUGAUAAAGAAAUUAUUAAACACAACAAAAAUGAGGAUAAUUUUAACUAUAUCGGUACUAAUGAUAUACCUCCCACAGGAAAUCAUGAAGAGGAAACUAUAAAUGAUAAAAAGAUUAAUAAUUUAAUGGAAAAUAAUUUACCAAAAGAAUCUUAUAAUAAAGAAGAGGAAGAACAAAGAUUUGAAGAAGUUCCAUCAAAUUAUUUUACACCAAUAUCUCCAAUAACGUAUUUUGAUAAUAAAGAUUAUUAUCAUAAUGAAAAAGAAGAAAAAGAAAUUAUUGAUGCUUUUGUUGUAUCAACAACAAUUAAUACAAUGAUAAAUAAUAAUAUACAAUCUCCUAGUAAUUUUACCACAGAAUUAAGUCGUUUCUCAUCAAAUACAACUUGUAUUUUACGUACAUUAUUAGCAUUUUGGUGUCUUGGACAACUAUCAACAUUAAUAUUCUUUUUAAUUGGACUUAUUUUAAAUUAUCCAAGUCUUCGAUGUUUAUUUAUUCCUCAUAUUAUAUCAGAAGCAUUAUUUACUAUAAUUGCAUCAAUAUAUUGUAUUACAAUAACUUUAUUUAGUACAGUUUUAUAUUUUUUAGUAACUGGUAAAGAAAUGAUAUUUGAAAAAUUACUUAAAUGGUUAGCAUUAUGUUUUAUUAUUCUUAUUCUUGUCUUAGGACAUGCCUGGAUAUUAGAUAAAAAAAUUAAAUAUUUUAAAAAAUGUGAAUAUAAUGAUGAGAUGAAAAAUAAAGUUGUAAAAAUUUUAAAUAAUGAUGAUCAGGAAAAGAUAAUAGAGAAUGAGAGGAGAACAUCAAAUAUGUUGUUAGGUAGUGGUAGUAGUAAUGAUAGUAACUAUGGUAGUAAUAAUGGUAGCCUAGUCAAAUUAUAUAGUCAUGGAGAUUAUGGAAGAAAGCUUCGUAUACCUGGAAGAGUAGCUAUUAUGUAA